AUGGCGUAUUCAGUUACUGAUAAACGCCGCGUCUAUCUGGCCUGCAGACCUAUUUUUGCGGGAAGCAACGCACUACUGCGAAAAACCAAAAAAGUCCGCGAGCUCGUCACCAAACAUCGAACACGUCUUCAUCAAUUAAUCCAAGAUUUCACACUUGACAAGGUCGUCGAUAUCCUUAAAGCCUUGCUUGAAGAGCAGAUAUUCCAAUCAGAUGUGAAGGCCAAGAUCGAAUUUCCAGAGCUGUUCCACUCAUCUCCCGCAAGAGAUGUCCAACGAGCUGCGUCGGAAGACGACGCUGCUCGAUCAGCAGCUGACGCACUAGAAGAAGUCGCCUCACAAGAAGAAGGCGAUGAAUCGAAUGAUGAGGAGCCGAUAAGUGUAGUCCAGUCGAGUCAAAAAAUUCCUAAUGGACAUCGACGGAAAAGGAAAUGGAAGCCGUCGAUCUUGGAGGAACAUGCAUGGGAUUGUGCCGCUGCGGUUGAAUUGACGAAAUGGACAAAGUUGUUCGCUAAGUCGUCGGAGAAGCUUCCUCAGCAUGCAUUCAAGCUUUGUGGGACAUCACUGAAAGAAACUCUCUUCGCAACCAACAAGCUGCGCCACACAGCAGUUCAUAGACUUCCAACCUCCUGUCGUGGCGUUGAAGCACUGGUCAACUCAGCCAGAAUUCUCGCGGAGACCCUGCAGGAUCCUCUACGGACUGCGCAGCUAGAGGAUUUGCAGCACGAGCUCAAUAGCAAGAUCAAAGCAAUGGAGCUCAAUAAAAAUGUUCUGGAGGAUACGUACAGUCUGGAGCUCCAAAAGAUUCAGCGGCAGCGAGAAGAGCUUGAUAUGCAGGAGACACAACUCACAGCUAGAAUUAUCCAUGACGACUGUGAGAACAAAAUUUUGAUUGGGAAUUUGCUAGAAGAGUCUGUAAACCGGCUAUUUGACGAAAAAGCAGGCCUUUUUAAUGGGGUUUCGGAUGGCGCUGACCACACACCGGAUGCUGAGGAGAGACAACCGUCAACAGAUUUGAAGGAGGACAAUGUAAAUGAUACAUUUUAUGAAGUUGACGAUGAAAAACGUGGCAACCCAUCUUACCAGCAUGUGCAAGAUUAA